AUGAAAGCACAUCGGUCACUUGGAUUGGAACUUAAAGUUCUUCUAAAAAGGCUUUCAAAAACAAGCUAUGGUUAUUAUAAGGCAAUUGAAUUACAAAAGCUCUUGAAGGAUUGUCAUAACGAUCCAGUGAAUAUAGAAUUGUGGCAAGAACACUCUACAAAAUUAGGAAGGCUAGCUGUUGAAAAUCGAAUGAACAAACGUGAGAUCUUAACUGUUGGAAUACGUGCUGCAACUAUUGCAGUGGCAACCGAGUUUCCCAAAGAAAAAACCAAGGAAGAAAAAAUACAAGAGAAAUUCUGGACAGUAGACGAUUUUGAUGAUAACAAGGAGAAUGAUUAUGAGCCAGAUGACGCUGAUGAAAAGAUUGUCACAACAUCAAACACAUCCUUAUGUAAUCCAACUGAUGAUGAUGAAUUCACUAUGCAAGACAAGGAAUUGUUUAUGCAACGAUUUGAGACCAUGAAAAAUGAGAAAAAAUGGAAGCUCAAGACAGGGAUAUAUGUGGAAGAUAUCUUGUAUGAUUUGGGAAAGAAAUCUAAAUUUCACAACCUCAUCCAUUCCUUUAUUGUUGAUCCUGAGGACAAAUUUCUGCAAUCGGGAUUUACCACUGAUGAACUUACAGAGAUCUGCGAAACAAUGACCGUGCAAGAAGCACCUCAAAUAGAAGGUGAACUAUUGGAAUAUAUUGAUACCUUUGCAAAGACCUCCACGAAAGACAUACGUGAAGCACUAUAUGCUUCUCACCCCAGACUUUGUCAUGAUUAUAAUCCUCUCGUCAAUUUCGCUUAUGAACAUGUGAGGACAACAGUUACUGAUUGGGUCCGUUUGUUAGAAAUGCACCCAAACCCGCUUACACAACAAGAUUUACCAGAAAGUUGGUUUCGGAUUAAUGUCUGGAGAACCGUCGACAUUGCUUUCUCAGAUACGCCUUUUGUAUUUUUCGUUGGAAAGAAAGAUGAUGGUUACGUACAAACAUUUGGCUUGAGACCAAUCAAAUGGGCAGCAUCUGAGGCUGGAUCUAAAUGGGAGGGUGAACAAGGUACAAAACUCAUAAAGGAACAUGGUUUGAGUUUGCCAAAAACUUUGAAAGACAUCUUCAUAUCUCUUGCACAUAAGGUUAACUUUUCUGAAGAGAAGAUACGCAAGAUUAAUGUUCCAGGAUUUGUUCAUUCAGAACCAUGUGAGAUAUAUGCAGAUAUCACACAAUUUAGUAAUACGUUGGAUGCUCUAGUUACCAUCAUUUAUGCCAAG